CGACAUUCCCAACCUCUUUUUUCUUUUCUUUUUUUUUCUAACGUCCAUCCUACUUGUCUUUCUUAACUUUAUCUUUUCCUCCCUCCACACAUCCCAUUCAUUCCCUUUCAAUUAAACAGAUAAACAAAUAAACAAGAGACAUGACCACUCAAGCAUCUAUACAACUCGAAAAACAUCUUGUCGAUGUCGAAGUCAUUGGCGAUGAAAAGAAGGGGAACGGUCGUUGGUUAUCUUUGCAUGAAGUCAAAUUCUUGGACCCUUCAGGUAUUGAGCGCAGUUGGGAGGUGUGUCGUCGUAUCUCUGCUGGAACCAGCAACAAGAGUAACAAAGUACCAGGCACACCCUCUGUCGAUGCUGUUGAUGUGAUCCCAAUUAUCAAAACUCGAUGCUCUCAGGAUAAGAACAAGGGCCAUGAUCAGGAUCAGAACCAGGAUCAGGAGCAAAGCGAGGCGACACAUGUAGCUCUUGUGAUCCAGUACCGUCCAGCUAUGGGCGCUUACACGAUCGAAUUCCCAUCAGGGCUCAUUGACGCCAAUGAAAGCUCGACUGAGGCUGCACUUCGUGAAUUAGCAGAGGAGGUUGGGUAUAGUGAACAUCUUGGUCAUUCCGUCAAAGUCAUCAAGACUUUAGACCCUAUUGCGGUUGCAUAUGAGCCUGGCAUGACCAACUCCUGUUCUCACGUCGUCAUUGUUGAGAUCACCAUGAACCACCAUCAAAUCUUUGGUUCAGGUUCUAUACGCAGGCCAACACCAGAGGAUGACGAGUGGAGUCUCCAGGUAGUCAUACUACCUCUUAAAGGCCUUAUGAAUUCAUUGAUAGAAUUACAAUCCACUGCUGGCGAGUCCUCUAAGCUGGUCUUGGACAGUCGUCUAUACGCAUGGGCACUUGGACGCGAAUUAGCCUACUAAAAAUAAAAAAUAAACACUUCUAGAAAUUUAAAUAGCCACCAUUAUCACUGGCAGCAAAACAAAUGGUCACGCCACAAUGACAGGGACUAUAAAAUAAUAAAACUUUUUAUUCCGG